AUGGCAAUGGCUUCUACAUUAUAUUUCUUUGCAAUAUUAUUAUUCUACUACCUCAAUUUGUUUUCCGUGAAUGCAAAUUCCUACAGAGAAUUCCUGCAAAUGGGGCAAUCAGUCAGAACUUCAGACACAGUUGUUUCAUACGGUGGAAACUAUAAACUUGGAUUUUUCACAAGAGAUAGAGAUAACUCCACCAAGUACUAUGUAGGUAUAUGGUUCAAAAAGGUACCAAAUGACAAGGUUGUUUGGGUUGCCAACAGAGAUUACGCAUUCCAGACAUCUUCGGCGUUUCUUACUAUUCAACCUGAUGGUAACAUUGCGAUCAGAGAUGGACAAAUGAUGUACCUCGUGACUAAUGUUCCGAACAGCAGUUAUAGUACCUAUGCAACGCUGUUGGACUCGGGAAACUUAGUACUUUUGAACAACUCUAACAAAAGGAUUCUAUGGCAGAGUUUUAAUAAUCCAACUGAUACUCUUUUACCUGGAAUGACAAUCGGACACACCGACACAGGAUACAAUUUGUCAUUAACAUCAUGGACAAGUGCAGACGAUCCUGCUACCGGACCAUAUACUCUCCAAUUUAAUUUCGGCUCAGUGAGUCUAACUGUAAAUAAAGGUUCUAAUGUCUUGUGGAUUGAUGGUAAUUCCAAUUUAUCUAUUCAGACUGUUUUCAACCGAGCGGUUUUGGAACAGAAUAUCUACAAGGACUAUUUCAGUCUUCCAAUAUAUAGCAAUUCUAGAUUUGUAUUGGAUGUGUCUGGGGAUCUUAAAUACGAAGGUUGGUCUGAGAAAUCCAAGCGUUGGCUUUCUAUACAAUCGUCCAAGUGCGGAACAAACAAUUCGUGCGGAGUAUUUUCCAUUUGUAAUCCACGAGACCAUGAUCCUUGUCAGUGUCUAGAAGGUUUUGAACCGUUUGAUACUGAUUCUUGGGGGAAGGGGGACAGAUCAGCUGGAUGUGUCAGGCUAAAGAACUUGUCCUGCAACACUACAGAUGGAUUUGUUCGAUUCUUUUCAGUCGAAUUGCCUCCAAAUCAUGCCAACCUGAUGCUGAAUUCUCAAGCACAAUGUAACCACACUUGCUCCACCAAUUGUUCUUGUCUUGCUUUUGCUUAUGAUUUGUUUGCUGUUAACUGCAUGUUGUGGAACGAAGAAGUACUGACUCUGAAGAACAUCUCAACUGAUAAUCAAGAUGCUGAUAAAAAUAAACCAAUUUAUUUUCUCAAAGUUGCUGCCUCAGACAUUCUUACCACAAGCAAUGUAACAAAUGCAGCUAACAGACAUGGAAACAGGAAGAGGAAUCUAAUUCUAAUUGUUAUUUUGACCUCAUUUCUAAUAUUGCUUAUACUGCUUGGCUUAUUUGUUUACCGAACAAGAAAGCAAAGUAAGAAAGGGGAUGAUUUGCUAAAUUUUGAAGUAGGCAUGAGCAUGAAAGUUAAUAAAGACUCUGACAAGGGUACAAAAGUUAAAAGGAAAGAAGUCAAGUUACCACUGUUCAGUUUUGUGAGCGUUUCAGCCGCAACUAAUAACUUUGCAGACACAAAUAAACUCGGUGAAGGUGGCUUUGGACCUGUUUAUAAGGGUAAGUUAUUGAAUGGGGAUGAGGUAGCUGUAAAAAGGCUAUCUAAAAGAUCAGGUCAAGGAUGGGAGGAGUUGCGAAAUGAAGCCUUGUUGAUUGCAAAACUCCAACACAAUAAUCUAGUUAGACUUCUUGGCUGCUGCAUUGAGAGAGAUGAGAAAAUGCUUAUUUAUGAAUUCAUGGCUAAUACAAGUUUGGAUUGUUUUCUCUUUGAUGCGGAAAAAAGAGAGAUGCUAGAUUGGGGAACACGGGUUCGAAUAAUUGAAGGGAUUGCACAAGGACUCCUUUAUCUGCAUCAAUAUUCUAGGUUCAGAAUCAUUCACCGAGAUUUAAAAGCUAGCAACAUUCUAUUAGACACCAACAUGAAUCCUAAAAUAUCGGAUUUUGGAAUGGCGAGGAUAUUUAGUGAGAAUGUUCUUCAAGCAAAUACAAAUCGGAUAGUUGGAACUUAUGGAUAUAUGUCUCCUGAAUAUGCGAUGGAAGGCGUUUUCUCGAUUAAGUCAGACGUGUUUAGCUUUGGAGUCCUUUUGUUAGAGAUUAUAAGUGGCAAGAAGAAUACUGGUUUUUAUCAAACAAAUUCCUUCGAUCUUCUUGGAUAUGCUUGGGAUCUAUGGACCAACAAUUCUGGAGUGGACUUGAUUGAUUCAAAAUUGGAUGAUAUCUCCAACAAACAUUUAGUGACAAAAUACGUGAAUAUAGGACUUCUAUGUGUACAACAAAGUCCAGAAGAUAGGCCAACCAUGUCUGAUGUUGUCUCAAUGAUUGGCAAUGACACUGCAUCCCUUCCUAGUCCAAAGCCACCAGCAUUUCAAAAUGUGAGAGGUACUGAAAGUUCAAGUCUCUCUGGAAGCACUAGAGAAAACAUUUCUGUCAAUGUUGUCACAAAUUCAAUAGUUGAAGCAAGAUGA